UCCUCCCUCCCCCGUCUAUGGUGGCGUCGGCGACUCCUCGGGCGGCAGCGGAAGGCGAGGCUGCGGCGUUGCCAUGAUCAGCGGCAGCGGCGGCCUCCCGCCCCCCCAGCCGUCCCCCUCUUCCUCCGCCACCGCCGCCUCCUCCACCUCAUCGGCGGCCGUGGUGGUGGCCCCGCCGGGGGUCGGCGGAGUCCCUGGCGUGGUCGGUGGGGCUGCGGCAGCCGCCGGCGUGAAGCUCAAGUACUGUCGCUACUACGCCAAGGACAAGACGUGUUUCUACGGGGAGGAGUGUCAGUUCCUGCAUGAAGACCCAGUUGCCGGGGCAGUUCCAGGCCUCGGCCUCCAUAGCAACAGCGUCCCCUUGGCCCUGGCCGGCGGCGGGGCCGCUACGCCAGGGCCUACGGGGUACCCGCUUGGAGCGGGCCCCGGCGGUGGAGUGGGGCCGCCACCGGGGCCCAAGAAGCCGGACAUGGGGGGGCCUGGAGGAGGAGCAGGCGGCGCCGGAGGAGGAGCAGCAGCAGGCGGCGGAGGCGGGGGGCUGGACGGACCUCGACUGACAAUUCCUGGAAUAGAUGGAGGUGCUUUAACUGAUAGUGCUCUCACAGAUUCCUAUUUCAGCACCAGCUUUAUUGGAGUCAAUGGAUUUGGAAGUCCUGGAGAAAACAAGUUUCCUAUGAUGCAGAGGAUGUCUAAUAGCAGCAGUUCCCCAAGCCUUCUUAAUGACAGUGCCAAGCCAUAUGCCAGCCAUGAUCCUUUAGGUUCACCUGGUUCAUCCUUGUUUAAUGACUUUGGUGCCCUCAGCAUCUCUCAGAGGAGAAAGCCAAGGAAGUACCGACUGGGGAUGCUGGAGGAGAGGCUAGUUCCUGUGGGAUCAAAGGCACGAAAAGCAAAGAAUCCUAUUGGCUGCUUGGCUGACAGGUGUAAAUCAGGAGUACCCAUCAAUAUGGUUUGGUGGAACAGAGUCACAGAAAACAAUCUACAGACACCAAAUCCUACUGCAAGUGAGUUUAUUCCUAAAGGAGGAUCAACCUCCAGGCUGAGUAACCUGUCCCAGUCAAAUAUAUCUGCCUUCUCUCAAGCCUUGUUUUCUCACCCAUCUGUGGGAAGUCCUGCUGCUGCUGGACUAGCACCAGGAAUGUCACUGUCUGCUGGAUCCUCACCUCUUCAUUCCCCUAAAAUUACUCCACAUACAUCUCCUGCACCUAGAAGAAGAAGUCAUACUCCAAACCCAGCAAAUUACUUGGUGCCUUCUAGUGCCUCUACACCUCUUAAUAAUCCUGUUUCUCAGACUUCAUCUACUGGCCAGGUUAUCCAGAAGGAAACUGUAGGUGGAACAACAUACUUCUAUACUGACACAACCCCAGCACCUUUGACUGGAAUGGUAUUUCCAAACUAUCAUAUUUAUCCUCCAACUGCACCUCAUGUUGCAUAUAUGCAACCAAAAGCAAAUGCACCUUCCUUCUUCAUGGCUGAUGAACUCCGGCAGGAGCUGAUCAAUAGACAUUUAAUAACAAUGGCUCAAAUUGAUCAAGCAGAUGUCCCAGCAGUUCCUGCUGAAGUCGACAGCUACCAUAGCCUUUUCCCUUUAGAACCACUGCCACCACCCAACCGGAUACAGAAAUCAAGUAACUUUGGGUAUAUCACAUCAUGCUACAAAGCUGUAAACAGUAAAGAUGAUCUGCCAUAUUGCCUUCGGAGGAUACAUGGUUUUCGACUUGUUAACACAAAAUGUAUGGUAUUGGUUGAUAUGUGGAAAAAAAUUCAACAUUCAAAUAUUGUAACAUUGCGUGAAGUAUUUACCACUAAAGCAUUUGGAGAGCAUUCCCUUGUGUUUGCAUAUGAUUUCCAUGCUGGCGGAGAAACUAUGAUGAGCAGACACUUUAAUGACCCUAGUGCUGAUGCCUAUUUCACAAAGAGAAAGUGGGGUCAGCAUGAUGGACCAUUACCACGACAGCAUGCUGGAUUAUUGCCGGAGUCUCUUAUUUGGGCAUAUGUUGUCCAGCUUAGCUCUGCACUGAGAACUAUUCAUACAGCAGGACUGGCAUGUCGUGUUAUGGAUCCAACAAAGAUUCUGAUAACUGGCAAAACAAGGUUGCGAGUAAAUUGUGCCGGCAUUUUUGAUGUUUUAACAUUUGAUAACAGUCAGAAUAAUCCAUUGGCACUAAUGGCUCAGUUCCAGCAAGCAGAUCUGAUGUCAUUAGGAAAAGUUGUGUUGGCUUUGGCUUGCAACUCUUUGGCAGGAAUUCAGCGGGAAAAUUUGCAGAAGGCAAUGGAAUUGGUGACAAUCAACUAUUCCUCUGAUCUGAAGAAUCUGAUUUUGUAUUUGCUGACUGACCAAAACAGACUACGAAGUGUAAAUGAUAUCAUGCCAAUGAUUGGUGCUCGAUUCUAUACUCAAUUGGAUGCUGCUCAAAUGAGAAAUGAUGUCAUAGAGGAAGAUCUGGCUAAGGAGGUUCAGAAUGGAAGACUAUUUAGACUUCUAGCAAAAUUGGGAACCAUCAACGAGAGACCAGAGUUUCAGAAGGACCCUACUUGGUCAGAAACUGGAGAUAGAUAUCUGCUGAAACUCUUUAGAGAUCAUCUUUUCCAUCAGGUGACAGAAGCAGGUGCCCCAUGGAUUGACCUCAGUCACAUUAUUUCUUGUCUUAACAAGCUAGAUGCUGGUGUGCCAGAAAAAAUAAGCCUCAUUUCCAGGGAUGAGAAGAGUGUCCUUGUGGUGACAUAUAGCGACUUGAAGCGCUGCUUUGAGAACACUUUUCAAGAACUAAUUGCAGCUGCCAACGGCCAGUUGUAGUAUUUGCUAAAAGCAUGCAGGACAUUGCUGAGGAACUUGACCAGUAGCAAUUUGCACUACCGCUGAGUUGUUGUUCUCAUCGCCAUCGUCAUCGUCUCAUUUCACAUUUGGGAAGCAAACAGGAGAUGAGCAGAGCUGCUCACACUUGAGUCAGGUACACAGUUACUUGAAGGGGAGACUGUUUCCCUUAUCCUAGAGCGAUGGCUGCCACCGGAGGCUUUAUCUGUGAAGAAUUUAUUUUAGAGUGAGGAACACCAGCAGGUGCAUGAUGUUCCUGCUUUUAUUUUUUCCACUUGUAUAUGCACUAAUUUUAAUUUUUUAAGACUUUUUUCUGAUCUCUGAAGUUUUGCCACAUUGUAUACUUAUUAAGGGAAACUAUUUGCAAGGACACUUUUGGGCAACAUUUUUGUCACUGAGGAUAUUGCAGAAUUUGCUCAUUUUGAUAUGAUUUGCCCAGAAUAACAUAAAGGACCAGGUAAAUAAUUUCAUAGAAACGCCCUUCUUUAAAGUGCAGUAUAAUGCAUAAUCCUUGUAGGAAUGUUGUAUGCAAGCUCUGUAUGCCAUCCGCUGUUAGUUAUCCAACCAGAAGAUGGAGAUUUUUUUAAAAGAACACACAAAGCAGAUUAUCAGUGAAUUGAUGGAUUCGAAUUCCCCUAUCAAUUGAUUUAAGUACUUUCUGAGCAAAGUGAUAAACUAAUGUUAUUUGAAACAUUUGGAUGAACAUCAGUAAUUAAGGAGCAUCUUUAGGUGUUUGCUCCAAAUACAGCCAGCGCCUUUUUAAAAAUUGUAUG